AUGCUUAAGGCAUUCGCUCGUGCCCUCUGCCGUCUGUCCCGGCGAAUUCCAGCGCGGACUGACCGCCUCUCCCGCGGAAAGCCCGGGGCUGUCUGUGCUGGGUGGGUGGGUUCCUUGAGGAGCGGGUUUGCCAGGCUGCGGACGCGGCACAGCGGAGUUCCCGCACGGCCUCCCCCGCACCGCUCCGCACCGCCUGUCCCGCACGGCCAGCCCCCACCGCCCCGCACCGCUCCGCACUGCCCCUCACUUCUCCCGCACCGCUCCGCACCGCCUGUCCCCCACGGCCUCCUCCGCACCGCUCCGCACCGCCUGUCCCGCACGGCCAGCCCCGCAUCGCCGCUCCCGCACUGCUCCCGCACCGCCCCGCACCGCCUGCCCCGCAUCGCCGCUCCCGCACCGCCCCUCACUUCUCCCGCACCGCUCCGCACCGCCUGUCCCGCACGGCCAGCCCCGCACCGCUCCCGCACCUCUCCCGCACCGCCCCUCACUUCUCCCGCACCGCUCUCGCACCGCCUGUCCCGCACGGACAGCCCCGCACUGCCGCUCCCGCACCGCCCCGCACCGACCGCACCGCUCCCGCACCGCCAGCUCCGUACGGCUCCCGCACCGCCCCUCACUUCUCCCGCACCGCCCCGCACCGCCUGCCCCGCACCGCCAGCCCCGCACCGCUCCUGCAUCGCCUGUCCCGCACCGCUCCCGCACCGCCGGCUCCGACACCGCCCCGCACCGCGCCCGCCUCGGCCGGACACGCCGACACCAGGUGGCACCAAAUAA